AUGAGCGAGAUCAAGGUCGCGAGUAGACCGCACUCCAAAGAAUAUGUCCUCGAGAAAUAUCAGAUGCUUCGUUUUGAAGCCAACUCUUCCGUUAGUAUAGUUUUGGUAUCCGGAAUGGCAGAAAUAUUUGGCACAGAGAUUGUUUGUGGAACGGAUCUUCUUUUAGAGGCAGGCCAGCGUGGAACUAUCGUAACAUUCCAUGGUUGCAAAAUCGCAGUCAAGGAUCAGGGUUUGGCGGCGUACAUCAUGACGGCUGCAGAAGACCAGGAGAUCCCCCAUGUUUUCAUUAACAUUCAUGCAAAUUUGGAGGCAGCGAGGAAAAAAGCUAUCGAAACGCAGUCAAGAGGACCCCGCGUUCUCAUAUGCGGACAAGAAAGUGUGGGGAAGUCUACCCUGUGUCGAACCUUAGUAAAUUAUGCAACUCGAAAGAAUGCAAAGCCUAUUCUAGUUGAUGUUAACGUCAGUUUAAACCAAGUUUGUAUACCGACGACGAUGGCCGCCAUGGCUGUUACCAAGCCGUAUGAUUUGUACGAGGGCUGGGGUCUCGAAGAAGAUCCACUCGUCUUUUGUUUCGGUCAUCUAGAUCCGGCUGCCAACCUUAACCUCUUUCGAGAACAGGUAAAUUUUUCAACCAUACCGGAAUUUACUAUGAUAAUAAUUGUGAUCUUCCAAGAAGACCGCAGAUCUUUCGCAGACAUUUAA